AUGUCUGUCGUCUCGCUUCUCGGGGUCGAGGUCAAGAACAACCCCGCACAGUUCGACGCGCCGUACGAGUUUGAGAUCACGUUCGAAUGCCUUGAACAACUGCAGAAAGAUCUCGAAUGGAAGCUGACUUACGUCGGCUCUGCCACCUCUAACGAAUACGACCAAGAACUCGAUUCUGUCCUCGUUGGCCCGUUGCCUGUGGGCGUGAACAAGUUCGUCUUCCGCGCCGACCCUCCGGAUCUAUCGCGCAUUCCCAACAGUGAGAUCAUCGGCGUCACAGUCAUUCUGCUUAGCUGCAGUUAUGAAGACCGCGAGUUCGUUCGCGUAGGAUACUACGUCAAUAACGAGUAUGUGGAUGAGGCACUGGCCCUGGAGCCUCCAGCAAAGCCUGUCAUCGAGAAGGUACAAAGGCAGAUCCUGGCUGAGAAGCCGCGUGUGACGCGCUUCGCCAUCAAGUGGGAUUCCGAGGAGUCUGCUCCACCAGAGUUCCCCCCCGAGCAGCCUGAGGCCGACCUGAACGCCGAUGGCGACCAAUACGGACUCGAGGAGGAAGAGGAAGAGGAAGAGGAAGAGGCCGAGGGUGCUGUUGUGGAGGGAGACGACGAGGCCAUGGCUGGUGGUGAAGAAACUGCAGGCCCUGCAGUCGAGGAAGAAGGUGAGGACUCGGACGCUGGCAGCGAGGACAUCGAUAUCGAAGACUCUGAAGGCGAUGAGGAGGAGGAGGAGGAAGUCGGUGACGACGAUAUGGAGAUGGACGACGGUGAGCCAAGCACGUCCAACGGGGACAAACAAGCUCAACAACAGCCCGGGAGUGUACAGCAGCAGCAUGGCGCAGAUGUAAUGGUUCACUAG